AUGUCUCUUCCCAAAGCGUACCAGCAGAACUUGUCACCGCAGGAAAUCAACUUUCUUGCCGAGCAGGAGCUGGUGACCAUUAUUCCACGGUACGGGAUGAACGGUGUGCAGCUGAUCGGGGCGAAACUGCCGAAGCUACGUGCGUUGAAUCGAGAACAGAUCCCCAUGUGGCUGGCCACUCUGCUGAAGAAACAGGAGAAAUGCAACAUUGUGGUGCCGGAGUGGAUCUCUGUGGAGUACUUGCGCGCGCGCUACGACGAGGAAAUCAAAUACCCAACGAAAUUCUCCAAUCUGCCGUGGCACUGGCUGCCAAUAGCGAAAAAGCUGCUGGAUUACGCGUCCGACGACUUCAUAGACCCGCCGCACGAGAUCAGGUCGCUGCUCCAGGACCUUCGUGAGAUCCGACUAGUCAAGGCACGAAAGGGUAUUCGCGAGCUCAACCACGUGUACAUCCAGCUGGACGGGCUGUCGCUGAUGGAGAUCAACGAGAUCAGGCCGUUUAUCUUUGAGGUGAUGGACCAGCUACGGAAAAUGAACGAUAGUCUGAAAGUUAAGGCCGAGGAGGAGUCUGCGAGCCAGGCCAACGCGGCUGCCGACCGCGACGACGAUAGUGACGACGAUAUUUAUCAAAAGGACUAA